CGGCACUCCUUCAGACUCAUGCAUGCAUCUCUCCAUCUCCGCAGGCGCAGAUCGACGGUCAUGGUCACAGAAAUGAAGCGCGCCUCAGUUCAAGAAGAGCUGCGGAAAAAUCCGCAGCUCAAACAAGAGGACAUAGAUGCAAUGCGCGAGUGGGUAGAGACUCAAACCCAGCUGCCAGAUAUCACAGAUCUCACGCUCGUGCUUUUCAUCCACUGCUGUUUCUAUGAUAUAGAAAUAGCCAAGAAAACACUGCUAAAAUUCUACAAUUUCCAAUAUAACGUUCCACAAAUAUGUCUAAAUAGAGACCCAAGCAAUGAGGAGAUAGUACAAAUUGCCAAAGCAGUGGGUAUAGUCAUACUUGAUGGUAGAGACAGAAAUGGAAAUGUUGUUGUUUUUCAAAGGCUAAUAGACACCAAUCCAGCUUGCUACAACAUGGACUUAACAGUGAAAUUGUCACACAUGUUAAGUACUAUUUGGCAACUGGAGAAUGGGACAGCUCAAGGAACAGUCCUUGUUUAUGACCAAAGAGGAUUUGGUUUAAGUCAUAUGGCAAGAGGUUCCCUGUCGUCACUGAAGAACAUGAUUCAUUAUGUUCAGGAAUGUGCACCUAUCAAUGUUGUUGGAAUACAUGUGAUAUACACCAAUGCUGUAAUUGAUGCCAUAUUGUCCCUCUUCAAGCCAUUUAUGAAGUCCUCUCUGUACAAAUUGAUAAAAACUUACAGAGAAGAGAACCUCCAAGAAUUUUACAACAUCAUACCUCAGGAAGUUUUACCAAAGGAAUAUGGAGGACAGCAGGUAUCACUUGAGGAGCUUAGUGAAAUUGGUUACAAUAAGUUAAUGGCAUAUAGAGAAUUCUUCCUUGAGGAAGACACUAAAAUAAUGGAGGCUGCAGCAAUGGCUAAAAGUAAAAAUCCUGGUUUCUUCAGGACAGUAGGAUCAUGGGUUGGACUAGGUGAAUAAAUUGGACUAGUCAAGCUAAAGGCAUUCCAAAAGAAAUCCAAAACACAUUCCAAGAUGGUAUGGAAAUAAAUGGACCAACAUUCCUCACAAAUGACUUGAAGAAGCUCUAGAUUAAGAAAUUUCUUAUGUGAUGAAGUAUUUCAAAAAAAUAAAAUAGCUCUGCAAUAUUCUCAUAAAA